CGAAGCCAAGAAAGAGACGUCGUUAAUGAAUAAUCCGGAAUGUCAAAAUUCCACUGCGAAAUAAGCCCAUCGCAGCGUAUUAAUUAGAGUUAGAAUUGAUCUGACUCGCGUAUUUUGUCCUCGGCAAUCCUUGGCAACGACUCGCCUCUACAUAAUACCUGCAAGAGCGUGUGUGUCUGGCCAUAAAAUUUUACAGCUCCUCGCCUGCGGAAAGGAUAACUAUAUAUGAGUAAAAUAGGACACAGCAGUAUACACAUAUAAACCGCGUAUGCGCAACACCUCUGCGGCUCUCUUUAAUUAGAUUAAAACGAUCGCUGGGUUCGGCCGCGUGUAACGAUCGCGCGCCGCGCUCGCCUAUUAAUUGCAGCUUUCCGUUAACGGCGCGAUGACGCGCGUCGCUGCCGGAACAAAGGGACACGUCAUCGUCUCUCUUUCUCGCCACUACUUACUUUCGGUUUCAUCAGUGUGUGUGUGUGUGUGUGUGUCAGUUUAUUAUAUACUGUACACUUCUGCCGAUCAUCAUCCUACACGCGCGGAAUGUGCUUUUCGGUCGCAAGCUCAGCGCGUUACUCGAUACACCUUUCGUUUUCUUACGUAUUCUCUGCUGGUUAUCAGCGAGAGACAGUUAAUACUCUCGGCUUACAGAUAGCCGCCGCGCGAGACUUAUUCCUCUUAUCGGCGUGACGUUAAUUCAUGACGCAUACGAAAGAGGAUCGAGAAAGAUUGCACAUGCCCCUCUGCAGCUAUCAAUUCGCGAAGAGAAAUAACAAAGCGCGACAGCGUAAUACAAACCGCAGCGGGUAGCUUUCGCUUUCGCUCGCGCGCUUGACCUUGAGAGUAGAAGCUGCCGCGCAGCCAGGGAGAUCGGAUCAGUCGUGAGGAUAUCCCGUAGGAAGUGGCCGAUCGCGGAGCUUCUCUUCAGCGUACGACGACGAAAGCUGCAGCAGUGGCGAGGGCGCCUCGCGCUCGGUGUGUAUGUACAGGAAAACAAUGGUGAUUGUGUGUCUCUCUCCCUCCCUCUCUAGCGAAACGUUUACAGCCUAAUUAUGUGAACAUGGCCGGGGCACGGAGUGGAGUAACAAUGCUAUAACUCGUAACAAUGUACGAUUGUUCAUUGUCUGCAUGCACUCCGGGACUCUCCACCUCCUCCUCCUCCUGCUUACAUCCUUCGUCGUCGUCGUCGCAGCCGCCGCCGCCACCGCCGCGUCUUUCCUUCCUCCCGCUCUUCUUCUCCUUUUAUACCGAAGCGAUGUACUCCCGGCUUAUCUACAUAUGAUAUACUUGUAAAGCUCUCCCAUUACACGCGUGUACACGAAUUUUACUUUUCGAGCUUUUGGCUUCGAUCGAUGCGACGUUACGCUCACGACACUAUAUUUAAUUAACCGGGCUCGAACGGGGGCACUCCGAUCCAUUUUUAAUACUAAUGUGGGAAGACAUUUCCGCGCUUCCCGAGUCCAGAGGCCAAGCGACGCUUUCCCGUUGCAGAUGGCGGCGGGAGAAGCGACGCUUCACCUCCCCCGCACAGCCGAAGUGCGACACGUGGAAAACCCAAGCCCCGAGUCCCAGCGGAGCGCCCCGAAGCCCUCCGAGCGAGCGGCGGCGGCAGCGUUCUAACCUACCUGAGCCCGCAGGGGCGCAGGGAGGGAGGGACGCCGUCGGCCGAGAGCGUCGGUCCGUGAGAGGGCCCGAUGCAGGCGACGAGGCAGAUUGAGUCGGUCAGCCGACGAGAAACUACGGAUGGUACCUUCAGUGUAAAACCCUAGACAACUAAGCAUUCUUUCAAUAUACGAACUACAAACUACCGAGUGAUUCGAUUCUCUAUGGAAAUCCUGGCCAUGCAAUCCUUCAUUCCCACAAUAAUAGAGCGAGGGUUAGACACCCUCGUCGCUGCGCAUGCGUGCACUGCAGGCGCGAGGAGGAUAAUUUCCACGAGCGCGCGCUAAUUAGUCGGAGAAGGAGGAUAUCCGGAAGGCAGCGCGCAUGGGCUUGGAUUUUCCCAAAGCUCCUCGAAAAUCGCACAAAGAAAACUGCGUCGCACGCGUGUACAUAAUUUAUACGUCACACUCAUCGCCCCGCUGAAAAAUGAGUUUUCAACGCAGUCAGGUAUUUUAGCAGUCUACAUUGCGUAAGCGGAGACGGUAGCCGCGGCAAUAGCGGCGGGGGCGGCGGCGGCGGUGGAGGCGGCGGCGGUGGCAACAACGGCAGCGGAGCCGCUACGAGGUUGCUGCGGAUUCGCAACCGAGGCAGUUCGGGUGGCGGCGGCGGCGGCAGUACCGCCAACGGCGAGGCCAGCCCUCAGAGCGGCAGCCCAAGGCGCGCCUCGACUGGCCAACAGCAGCAGCAAGAGGCCAGCGGAGCUACUAACAACACGACCAGCGCAACCAAUACGACCAACAGCUCGUCAGGCCAGCAACAGCAGCAGCAGCAGCAGCAGCAGCAGCAGCAGCAGCAGGGCAACAACCACCACCACCACCAUCACCUGCAUCACUCGAGCAACCAUCACCACCACCACCACCACCACCAUUUGUACACGGCGAGCACGAACGUUAGGCACACGAGGAACAAGCUGCCCAUCACCAAGCAGUGCAGCGAACACCGCCACCAUCCGACUCGCUCUCACUACCGUGGCCACCGGGGCAUGAACAUGGGCCAAAAGAUUUCAGGUAGCGUUAAAAGCGUAUCGCGCGAAAGCGGUGCAGGUGCAGGAGGUGGAGUAGGAGGAAUCGGCGGAGGCGCCGCGGCGUACAAAUCGGUCGUGCCACGCGAAUUGGCUCAGGACUUUUCCCGACCGGCCCGCCUCGAUGUUUUGCUGGACAUGCCACCCGCUUCGCGGGAAACUCAAGUACAUCACAGCUGGAACGCUGAUGACAGGAGUUUGAAUAUUUUCGUCAAGGAUGAUGACAAACUUACGUUCCACCGGCACCCCGUCGCACAAAGUACGGACUGCAUACGGGGGAAGGUCGGUUACACGAAGGGCUUGCACGUGUGGGAGCUUCACUGGAGUACAAGGCAACGUGGCACGCACGCCGUCGUCGGCGUCGCAACGGCAGACGCUCCUCUGCACAGCGUCGGCUACCAGAGUCUCGUAGGCAAUAACGAGCUCAGCUGGGGUUGGGACCUUGGCAGAAACAAGCUUUACCACGACUCGAAAAAUAACAAUGGGAUUACGUACCCUGCGCUCCUCAAACCAGAAGAAUCAUUUAUCGUUCCUGACAAAUUUUUGGUGGUACUCGACAUGGAUGAGGGUACAUUAGCAUUCGUCGUAGAAGGCCAGUACCUGGGUGUAGCGUUUAGAGGACUCAAAGGCAGAAAGCUGUAUCCUAUUGUUUCGGCAGUUUGGGGUCAUUGCGAGAUCACCAUGAAAUACAUCGGUGGCCUUGAUCCUGAACCAUUGCCUCUCAUGGAUCUAUGUCGGCGAGUCAUCCGACAGCGAAUCGGAAAAGAACGACUGGAAGAUAAGAUUAACGAAUUGAACCUGCCGCUAGCAAUGAAGACUUAUCUCCUAUACAGAGACAGGAGGUAACCACAAACUAAUGUUUUCUGAGACGCCACAUCAACUACGAUCACGACUACUAUGACUACAAUAACCAUGCGACACCGUUAUAAACUACAACGCACAGGGGACCCGCCAAACCCCUCGUAUGCCAUCGAGCAAAGCCCACCGAUAGCUGCGUGUCUCUCUUAUUGAGUAAGGAAUGGAAAAAAGGAAAAUGUGAAUAUUAAGUACAAAUGAUGAAAAAGUCGCUUAAUCAUCAGCAAUCGCUGAAGCGAAAUAGCAAAGUCGAGUCUGUCGAGUUUAUUUUUGUUCGAUUGACUCAUAGUAUUUCGGUUCGGGAUUUGGUUUUUGAAUGUCGAGUGUAGGAAAUUAUUAGUUAGUAUUGUUGUUUUAUGUUUUUCAUAUGCGAUUAUCUUUAUUAAUUGUUAAAAUGAUCGACAAUUCUCAGUGAUUGUCCAUUUUCCUUUUUUUGUUUUAUUUUAAUUAGUUCUGUUGCGGCAAAGGGUGUGUGCGUGGAAAAAUUUAGUGCGGAUUGAAAAACUAAAUUGCUGCGCUGAAAUGCAAUUAUAAGAGAAUUUUAUACCGGAGACACGCUGCGCGGUGAGAAUUCGUGCGAUCUUGGCGGUACUUCAAGAUUGGCCAGUAAAAUGUUAGACUUAGUCGAGCCUGGAGACCAAAUAGAUCUACGAAUGACUUUCUCCCCUCACUAAAAAUUCAGGGCUUAUGCUCUAGUCCAGCAUCGCGAGUGGGUGAGGAUCUAAAAAUAAAAAAAAAAUUAACUUAUGACAAGAAAGAACAUUUGUCGAGUGCCGAGCAGGUCUAGAAGAAAAUUUACGUUGAAUAUAAAAAAAACGAUUGCUAAUCAAUUACACGAAAAAGUGAAAAUGUGUGUACAGUAACGAAAGCCAGCCGAAUGAACAGCCACCUUCCAAUAGACUUGGUUUUAUUAAAUAAUUUUUUAAGCAUGCUAGAUCUAACGAAAACUAUAGUGGUUUGCGUGUAUCGUAGAUGAACCAAAAUUUCGAGAUUUGCGAGGAGAUUUUUGAAUUUCACGAAAACAAUGUCUGUGUGUCAUGCUUUCUUUUUGUUUUUCUUGCGUGAUACGUGUAAUAAGUUGUGGAUUUGUGCUAUCAGUCUCGUCGUGUUCACAGUCUUACUGUACAAUAUUAUAAGCGCAUAAUUGUUUCUUGAAAAAAAAAGAAUCUAUAUCGUCCAAAGUUUGGAAUUCAACAAUAAAGUGGGUUGCCUGACUGAGUAAUUAAGGCAGUGGCAGAAAGAUUAUAAGUAAGAAGUAAAACUGUCAUCGAAUAUUAUAAAGUAAGACUUGAGGACGACGAUGGAUACAAUGAUGAUUAAGCGAUGAUAAUGAUGAAUGUCGAUAAUAAUUGUAUCGGACGUGUAACUACUAUACUAUUAGCAUGACAACUUAUGACUGGUCUGUCUAGUUAAUAGCUUUGUUCUUAUUAUGUUUUCGUCACUUGAUUUAGACACCGUACAAACUCUACACAAAAAUAACCCUACACCCUGCAAAAAAUAACUCUACACACAUAUUUGCUACACGAAAACACUCUACACACAAAAACUCUACACGCAUUUUUAUUAUUUAACUACACCGUAAAACUCUACACAAUCGUAUAAGCUAUUGUUAUCCAUUGUUGCAACAAUAAGUUACACGAUUGUGUAGAGUUUUACGGUGUAGUUAAAUAAUCAAAAAUGCGUGUAGAGUUUUUGUGUGUAGUAAAUAUCUGUGUAGAGUUUUAACGUGUAGCGAAUAUGUGUGUAGAGUUAUUUUGUGUAGGGUGUAGGGUUAUUUUUGUGUAGAGUUUGUACGGUAUCUGAUUUAAACAGAAAAAAAUUGUAAGGCGUAAGAAUAAGCCGUUAAAUGGCUUUGUAAGAUGUACAUAGAUACGUUAACAUUUGUCUUCUCGACGAUGAAGCGAUGAUCGCAUGAUAAAUUGUCUUUCGCUGCUUAGCGAUUUCAAGCAGACUAAGAAUUAUAUAGGUAUCGAUAUUUGUUCAAAGUCUCGAACUUUAGUCAAAAGACAGAAAUUUUUUUCUAACAUAAUUUUGGCAAUCGAUAUUUCGCUCUAAACUGAUGAAUGAAAAUCGUCGAGACGAAAAAGUGAAUUCCUUGUUUUACGGAUUGAGUUUUUUCGUGUUUAUGACAUUCCCAGUUUCUCUCACGUGACCGAUUGUACAAUUUAUUAUUACCGAACCUUCCGAAAAUCGAUCCACGCACAUGUUUAUAAGUAGUGUUUUUUUAGUUGUUCGAGACUGAAUGCUCGUGACGUGUCGCGUCUUCCAAAUUGCUUAGUUCAUUUUUCAUUACUUAUUUAUUUAGAUUAUAAUUUUUUUUUUUAAUAAUUUGAUUAAACAAAACAAUAAAAAUUCAAAUGAGAUCUUCUGGAUAGACGCGCUUGAUUUUCAAUUUUUUCUUCAACACCAUCAGAAUUCAUUUUCAGUACAGAAACGCAUACCUGAGCAUUGCAUAGAAUGCAGAAAAACUUCCCAAUGUUCCCGACGAAACGAACUCGCUGUAUGAGAAAAAAGCGUGACCACUCAUAAUUUGUCGUAUUUUAUAUAAAUGAACACGAGCACAAUCGAACUCUAGUUCAUGUAAAUGUCGAUGAUAGAAUAAUACUUCUUGACUGUGACAAUGAACUUUGUGAGAUUUUGCAAGCCUAAGAAAAGAAAGCACAUAAGUACCAUACAUUUUAGAGGAAAAACAGAGAGAAAGAGACGUGUAUGCUAAGGUCAUUAUAAAUUUAUUAUAAAUAUAAAGGACUAACGUAUGUGCGAAGCAUACUACGGACCGCGUUGUAUCGAUAAUAUUUUAUAAGAUCCGGACGCGGUCACGUUUCGAGCAUACUGGACAGAACAAAUAGCGUUAGAAUAUUGUACAUAUUAUUAUUGCUAAUAUUAAUAUUAUUAUAUCAAUUGAUAGUUUAAUUGAUUAAGCGAUUAUUGUGUUAGUCGACGUAAUAUGGCUUCAUUUUAUACGGUAGGCUCGACGAUCGAUUGACCCUUUUAGGACUGUAUCAUUUUCGAGCUCGGACAAAGUUAUGUAUACGUCGCAUAAAUUUGUUUAAUAUGCAUAAAAUUGUACGUUUUCUCCUCGAUGUGGGGAGGAAAAUAUCUGAUAAAAAAUGACGACGACAACAACGUAUGCAAAAAAAGAGAGGUGGAAAACUAGGAUAAAGAGGAGCGAGAUUCGAGAGAAAGAGUUGAGAAUCGAGACGGUUCUUGUUAUAAUUUUUAACGCAUUGAUGAUUACAGAUAGUAAUGAUGAACAAUUUUAAAGCUAAUAAACGACUAAGAAAGUAAACAAGUGUUUUUAUACCAGAGAAUACUCAAACUUUCAAAUUCUUUACAUUCUACCGACGACGAACCUCGUCUACUCUUUCUCUCUUCUGUCUCCUCUGACAUCUUCGUUUCGAUGCGAGACCCUCUCUUUUUUUUAUUCUUUGUCGUGCCUACGUUAUUUCUUUUCCGACGAGCCGAACAAGCACACCACCCUACUUCGGCCUCCGAGCUCUUCGGUGCCUCGAUCUUGGUCUUGCUUAGAUAAUUGUUUCACAAUUGCCAGAGAUACUCGUCUUAACGCGAAAAGUGACGGCCACGCGUUGACCGAGACAUGAAAUAAAUGAUAACGCAAAAAUAAUUAAACAAAAAAGCGAGAAAAUUAACAAAAAAAAGCAUAUAUUACUCGACCACUUCAGCUAAAAAUUGUUUGAGAGGUUCGAUUCGUCGAAAGGAACAGUGCCAUUCUCGCGAAGUGACCAACUCGCGCUUGGAUCCGAUAUGAGUUCAGGUCCACGAGAGAACAAACAGACGUGUGGACAGUGUAAAUUGGCGAUCGAUGUAGCUAUACUCUUAUUCGAAAAUUUGAAAGUAUAAACGAACUCGAGCAUGAGAAAUGAAUUGACGAAAGCCUGACUCAAGCGAGUCUAACGCGAGUGAGGCCAGUGUUUCUGGAGCUUGUACAUAGUAAUACUUUUGUAACGAUAUCUAAUGACAUAACUACCGGAUGAAGAAGUGAGUUACGCGACGAUUUCGCCGCAGAGAAAACAUGAUGAAAAUUGAUGUGCGAAUAAUUGACGACGAGAGGCUGUGUGAGAAUGCGAGUGUCAGUCUUUUUAAGAGAAACAGAGACAAUUCGGCGCGCGCUAUGCUUUCACGAGAGAAAAACAAAGAGAUUAAAGGCAUUUCGCGCGUUCGCAAGAUUUGUGUCAGUGCACCGGUCAAAGCAAUGUAUUUUCAAUGAAUGAACAUGUUUCAUUUUGUUUUAUUUUCUUUUUUCUUUCUUUCGGUUCUUAUCAAAUGAUAAUUGACAACCGCAUACGAACCUUCGAUUCUCUGUUAUGUACACUAGUGACAGUUAGUUUGCAGCUUGCAGCAAAUAAAUUUGUUUACGCGUUUUUCAAUUUUACUAAUUUUGUUAUUAUUGCGAGCGACUUCGCAAGUCCUUUUUUAUUUCUGCCGUUGAUCGUAUCCCCGUAUACGCUCAAAGUCUAACAAAAGAAGAAAAUAGCGUGCUUGAAAAUUACGAAUGUCCGCUGACGCUUUUCGCGAUAAUCAAUUAAGCGCGCCAGCUGCGGUCAUUUACGGACGAUUAAUCCGUAUUUUAACGCGCAACUAACUUUUGUGACUGAUAAAAAGUAAAAAAAAAUAACGCCUUCGCCACAAGAGAGAAAGAUAUUCGAACGCUUUCGUGCCCUCGAUUCGCGUGUGCGCGCAUAAACCGCACGCGACGUUAUACGGUAUGGAUUUUUUUGUAAUUUUCUUGCUCAAAGUGCGCGAAAAGAGAUGCGUCUAUACUUGAAACACUGCAAAGGGGCUGGAUGCGUUGCUCGCCUGCACAUCGUUUAAAGAGUGCAGGGGGACAAACGAAAUCGGCUGAUGGGCAUCAGAGAACUAUCUCCAUUUCCGUUCUUGUACACCGAUUGUAUAUGCGUUCGACUAAAAAUAUUUAUACAUAUAUUUUAUGAUUUUCAUUGUGUUUAUAAGCCUGGACUAUUGCAACGAGCGAUCUCACCGUCUAUGAUUUAAGUUAUAUAAAAAGAAAAUGCGACUUAGCGAUACAUAAUUGCUGUAUAGCGCGACGAUACGGAGCAAUGGAGAACUUAUAAAUACGUAAUGCCUUAAUGUUAUGAACGAUAAUAACGAUAGUGUUAUGUAAUUAGUUGAGAGCGAGCGAGAGCGAGAGUAUAAGAGGUGAUUGAAGUAUCAGCGCAAUUUUAUCAUUGUCUCCAUUAUCCUCUGUUUUCGUUCGUGAUUUCAUAUUUUUUAUAUAAUGUAAUAUGAUUCCAAGUGAGAGUGUGCGAGAGAAACGCGCGAGAAUGUGCGAAUUUGAAUAAAAAUAAUGAAAAGAAAAAAACGGAUUAAAAGCGAGUGUGAGAAACUGAGAGUGAACGGAAGAGUGCGAAAGAGAGCAUCGAAGUGAGCGUAGAGAGCAGACUAUGCUGUCUAUAAAAUAGUUCAGGCUGGAUGUCGAUGUUUGUAGCGAUAAAAAACAAGCAAAACAACGUAUUGUAAUUAAAAAUUGAGAAACCAUUA